GCAGCACGCAUCGAGCUUAGUAAAGUGCGAGCAUCCGACUAGAACGGUUCGGUUUCUGUUCAAAGCUGCUUCCCCAUUUGUUUGUUCACCCAGUCCAUCGCUAAUCGUGCACGAUGUCCGCUUCAAAACCUGUCACGAUCCCAGAAUGGAUGACGAACGAUUUUUUCAUCGAUGCGAUUGCCAACGCGUUACGCGUAACGGACAGCGAGUUCACCAUCGAGCAGCUAGACGUGCAUCCGGCCACGGAAGCUGGCGACAACUUCGUUUCCAUCAUGUACCGCGUGAAGGUAACGGUACGGAUGGCGACUGCCGAGGGCGAACAGCGCAUCGUGUCCCUGAUCGUGAAGGCUCUGCCGCGGUUAGGUUUGUCCGAGGAGAUGAUCAUGGCGCUGAACGUUUUCCCGAAGGAGAUGGCCGUGUAUACGGAAAUUUUGCCCGCCUUUGAGCAGCUUUACCGCGAGCGUGGAGUUGAGGUUGCGUUUGGGCCACGGUGUCUCAAGCACUGCACCGAACCGACGGAUAUUAUCGUGAUGGAAGAUCUGAAGGAUCGUAACUUUCAAAUGGCGGUACGUCAGAAGGGACUCGAUUUGGAGCACUGUCACACGCUGCUGAGACGGUUGGCCCAGUUCCAUGCCGCUUCGGCCGUCUAUUACGAGCGGAAUGGACCGUACGAUGCGAAGUUUAAGGAGGGCAUGUACGCGGAAAAGAAUCGUGCCAUGUUCGAACAGUUCCAGGCUCAGCACGACGUGUUUAUGUACGAAGUCAUGUGCAAGUGGCCGAACAAUGGGAAACUGUACGCGGAGCUCAUGAAACGCUGGGGCAUGGAAAUGUUCGACGUCAUGCUGCGCAUCACGAAACCUGACCCGGCCAAGUUUAACGUGCUAAACCACGGCGACAUGUGGUGCAACAACAUGAUGUUCCAGUACGACGAUAACGAAAAGAUCAAAGAAAUAACGCUCGUCGACUUCCAGAUGUGCAUGUGGAGCUCGCCAGUAAUUGACCUGCACUACUUUAUAUUUUCCUCGGUGCGCGCCAACUUGAAGUUGCGCCAGCUAGACCACUUCAUUAGCUACUAUUACCAGCAGUUAACCGAGAACUUGACCCUGCUCCAGUACGGCGGUGUGCGGCCGUCGUUGCAAGACCUUCACUCGGAUUUCAUCGAACGGCAGCUGUACGGUCUCAGCACAGCCUUCUCCGUGUUUCCCAUCUGUGUGAUGGAGAAAACGGACAACGCCUCGAUCGAUCUGAUGCUCGAUCAGGGUGACGCCGGUACGGCAUUCAAGCAGAAGAUGUACAACGGACCGGCGUACGUCGAGCAGAUGAUCCCGAUCCUGGAGUACUUCUACGAGCACGGUGCGUUCGACAUCAACCAGCUAGGAUACCAGCGUCCGGCCGGUAUCCAAUAUGAUCGUUCGCUCUACAUACCGCUUUGGUUGGAUGAGAAGUUUUUCGACGAUGUAGUAGACGCGAAAUUGGGCCGAUCCGCUCCCAACGAUCGACGAAUCGUCCGUAACAUCCAGCUGGAGCUUGCCACCAAGAAAGGGGAUAACUACGCUUCAGUUUUGUACCGCGCCAAGGUUGACGUGCUCAACCAAGGUACCGGUGUGGUGGAGAGUUUUUCAACGAUUGUCAAAGCCCCACCGAAGGGCAUACUCGCGGAUCACAUGUCAUAUCUAAGCUUCUCGGCGCACGAGAUACAGAUGUACCGGGAGCUAUUGCCCGCGUUCGAGCAGCUCUACCGCGAUAAGGGUAUCAGUGCACGCUUCGGUCCGACCUGUUUGAAGGUGUGCGAAGCCGUUCCGGCGGACGUGCUGGUGCUGGAAGAUCUGCUGCACAACGGCAACAAUCGUAUGGCGGAUCGGCGUGCCGGGCUGGACCAGCAUCACACCGAGCUGGUGCUGGAACAGUUGGCAAAAUUUCAUGCCGCAUCAGUCGUUUACGUUGAGCAAGGCAACGUGCUCUCCGAUAACUUUAAGGGCGCGACGGUUGUGGAGAGCAUGAAGCAAAUGGGUAAACAAAUCUUUCAGCCCAUGCUGGACGGGUUGAUAGAAUUUAUGGCGAACUGGGACUUUGUACCGGCGGACCACUAUGCCGAUCUGAAGGAGCUGGCCAAGACUGCGUUCGACGAGUUAGCCACCAUUAUCAUCGCACGGGAGGAUCGCUUCAACGUGCUAAACCAUGGUGAUCUUUGGACGAACAACAUGAUGUUCAGUACGGACGCGAACCGUCCGACCGAAGUUACCCUGCUCGAUUUUCAGAUGUGCUGUUGGGCAUCGCCGGUGAUCGAUUUGCACAGCUUCCUGUUCUCGUCCGUCCAGGCGGAUCUAAAGCUGUCCAAGCUUAACUACUUCCUUCGCUACUAUCAGGAACGGUUGGUCGAGAAUCUCGUUCGGCUCGGAUAUCGCAAACGGUUGCCAACGCUCCAGCAACUGCUGGUUGACUUUAACGAUCAUCUAAUGCUAGGGUUGAUCGAUACGAUGCUGGCCCUUCCGUUCGCACUCGUGCCCGACUCGGAAGAUGCGUCGCUCGAUACGGCCAUCGAGAACGUUAGCGAUGCGGGGAAACGUUUUCAGAAGCUGCUGCUAGACAACGAGGAGCUGAAGAUGCAGAUGAAACAGUUGCUGCCCUACUUCCGGAAUCGGGGUGUUCCGCGUAAAGUAAACAUGGUUGUUUUUUUUUUUGUGGAUCGCCCUCGAUCUCAGCGGAACACAUCUGCGCCAAGAUUAGAGCAACCGCAACCCGGGAUAAACAAACCACGUUGGCGUACGUUGUGUAGUAACAAACAAACCAUGACCUCAUCCACCGAGUUAAGUGUGCCGGAAUGGAUGACGAAAGAGUACUUUGUGGAUGCGAUUGCCGUGAAGUUGAACCUUGCGCCGGCUGCGUUUACCAUUACCGAGCUGGAUGUUCGGCGUGCGACGGAGGCCGGCGAUAACUAUGCGUCCAUACUUUACCGUGUGCGGGUAUCGGUCCGCGUUCAGGAGCCGGAUGAGCACCAAACGGACGUUUCGUUAAUUGUUAAGGCACUGCCAAGCUUCGGGAUUGCCGACGCCAUGAUACAGAUGAUGAACCUGUUCCCGAAGGAGACCGCCAUGUACACGGACAUAAUACCGGCGAUGGAAGCGUUGUAUCAUGCGCGUGGUCGUACCGAGGUAGCAUUCGGCCCACGCUGUCUCAAGCAUAGCACCGAACCGACCGAGGUGAUUGUGCUGGAAGAUUUGUGUGAACGUGAGUUUGUGAUGGUUAGCCGGCGGCAGGGUAUGGACCUGGAGCAUACCCGGCUGGUGCUGCGCCGGUUGGCACAGUUCCAUGCGGCGUCCGUUGUGUUGGAGCGGCAGCGUGGUUCGUUCGGGGAACUGUUCAAGGAGGGUAUGGUGUCGGGGAAGGGACGUGCGAUGACGGAACCGUUCCACAAGGCACAGGCCGAGUUCUUUCAUCGGAUUUUGCACGGCUGGUCGGAACAGGAUGGAUUCUACGCUGAUCUUAUGAAACACUGGGGCAUGGAUAUGUUCGAUGCCCUUCUGAACAUCAUCCGCCCAGAUCCGACCAAAUUCAACGUGCUCAACCACGGUGACAUGUGGUGCAAUAACGUCCUCUUAAGCUACAACGAAAACAGCGAGCUACGCGAUAUCUUGCUGAUUGACUAUCAGCUUAGCUUCUGGAGCUCGCCGGCAAUGGAUCUGCUGUACUUCAUAUUCACUUCCGUCAACGGUGAUUUGAAGCUGUCCCAGAUGGACUACAUGAUCCAGCACUACCACGAACAGCUUAUCGACAGCUUGAAGUUCCUCGAGUACGGUGGCGCACUUCCGCUGCUGAAAGACUUGCACUCGGAUAUAGUAGAGCAUCAUCUGUUUGGGCUCAUGAUAAGCUUCUCCAUUCUGCCCGUCUGUCUGAUGGAGAAGUCGGACGAUGCGUCGAUGGAUAUCAUGAUGGAUCAGGGUGAUGCGGGCGUCGCAUUCAAGCUGCGCAUGUACAACAAUCCUGCGUACGUGAAGCAGAUGCAGAAAAUUUUGGAAUUUUUCUACAACACGGGUGUGUUUGAUAUCGGGCAGAUCGGUACCCAGCGUACGGCACGCAUCGAUCAUGAUCCGGCGCUGGAACUACCGCUUUGGAUGGAUCGUGAGUUUGUGGAACACAUCGUCGAUACUAAAUUCGGUGUCAGUUCGAAGGAUAAGCGCACGGUGCGUAGUGUGUACGUGAAAAGUGCGGCCAAGAAGGGUGACAACUAUGCAUCGGCCCUAUACUCGGCAAAGGUGAGCCUACACCGGCAGGAUGCAGACACGGAGGAAACGCUUUCGCUCAUCAUCAAAGCACCUCCGAAGGGAAUCGCCGCUUCUUACUCGCUGGAUAAGGAUAUGUAUGAGCGAGAGCUUUACCUGUACGAACAGCUGCUACCUGCGUUUGAGCAACUGUAUCGCAGCAAGGGGGUAUCGGUAAAGCUGGGCCCUCGUUACUACAAACCACGUGCCGGACUUCCGGAGCAAGUGAUCGUGCUGGAAGAUUUGACAGUCAGCGGUUUCCGAAUGGCCGACAGGCAGAAAGGUUUAGAUAAGCCGCACGUUGAAGCUGUACUCGAUCAUCUGGCUCGCUUCCACGCUGCUUCCGCCGUUUACUGUGAAUCGCCUGAUAGUCUGCCCAAAGUGCUCACCGAGUCUGCCGCCGACAGGCAAAUGGCAGCCAAAACAGAUGCUAUGUUCGCACCCUCACUGGACAGUCUGUUCAAGUACAUGAAGGAGUGGGACUUUGCAGCCGAUUACGUGGAGGAUCUUGAAACCAUCUCACGACAGAUCUACCAGCUACUGGUGGACACAUGGGCUUUGGACGUGGACGGGUUCAACGUGCUGAACCACGGGGACGCUUGGCUAAACAACGUCCUCUUUGCGUACGACCACGCCGACACGGUGCAACGUGUCGCUAUGGUGGACUAUCAGUUUCCUUCGUGGGGUUCACCCGUGUUCGAUCUGAUACACCUUCUAUUCUCCUCGGUGCAGGUAGACCUGAAGCUUUCCAAGCAGGCGUACUUUUUGCGCUACUAUCAGGAACGGUUGGUGGAUAACUUGGUGCUGCUUGGCUAUCGGAAACGUUUGCCAACCCUGCAGCAGCUUCACGUCGAUUUCAACAAUCGUUUAAGUGCGGCCAUCAAAACGACCGUGAUCGAUCUACCGUACGUGCUGGUGGAACCGAGCGAGGAUGCAUCGCAGGAGGCGGCCAUCGUGCAGACGGAAGCUGGACAAAAGUUCCAGCAACAGCUUUUCGAUAACGAUCGGUUUAGGGAGCACAUGAAGGAGUUGUUGCCAUAUUUCCGAGCGCGUGGUUUGCUGACGGCAGAAGCGGCUAAUUGCAAGAAGGGUUAGGGAUGGCAAUAGCUGGAUGUAACUUAGAACGCUGAUCAUAGGGGUGUUUACAAGUCAAUAUUUCAUUACUUAAUAUUACCAGAUUUUAAAGUACUUGAAAA